GCUCUAGCAAGUUUCAAGAUGGCAGCCGAAUUCUGUCUGAAGGCGGUACUCAUUGUUUUGGAGGAGCUCACGAAUUAUUAACCACGAUACAUAACAUCGAUUCCUUUGAUUAUAUUGGUGAGGAGUGAGAGAUAAAAAUGGAUCUCCUAGGAUCAAUUCUUAACAGCAUGGAUGCUCCACCAUCUACAGAAAACAAGAAGGCCAAAGGUACCGUGUUCCUUUGUUGAUUUCCGCUACUCGCAAAGAAAUUUGCCUGAACUUGUUAUGAAAUAUAAAUUUUUAACAUACCUGUUUUCUGCGAAUGGUAUUUGGAUCAAUGUUUUUGUCAUUUUUAUAUUUUCUCACGUGUGAUUUGCGCUAGAACUUGAAUCUGAGCUCACUGAGUCUAGAGAAGGAUUGAUCGCUGUUACAACAAUGCUAGGAAUCAGGUAGAAAUCCUGAAUUUAGUCACACAAAAACAAAGCAAGUCGUUUUUGUCGUUAUUUAACAUGUAGGUGGUAUAGAUUUUAGAUUUCAAAAGUGCAAAUUACUUAAAAUCAAUUUCUACAAAGAUGCAAGUCCUGCUCAUUUCACCAAGUUUAAAAUCCUCUCUCAUAAACUGUGGGCUCAAUAGUUUUUGUCUCAUCCAUGAAGAUUACCUUGAAUAGCUGGAAAACAUGAUUGGAAAGGGAAUUUUCACUCAAAAGCACAGCUAAAUCGGUUUACUUGUGUGCAAAUGUAAGAUAAGCAAACAUGGAUGUUCUGAAACCCCCACCCCCCUUGGUAGAUCGUGAAUACUCCUUGCAUUUGCCUAAACACAUGCACAGCUUGAUCAAGUGAUAGAAUGAAGCAUUAUUUUCCUUCACAAUUACCCCAGCAUUAAUAAGUAUUUUUGUUGAAUUACAGAGGAGAAAGCCAAAUUAAAGAAGCUCCAGUUGGAACAAAAGAAGAAGAAUGCAGAAUUCCGUUCAAAGGUAGGGACUCCUCUAAUGUCAUUAUAGAGUUAUCUUUUACCCCCUUUCUCUCCAAAGAUCUCAUAAGUAAUUCUAAUUAAUCAUUGAUUUUAUAAUGUUUUGAAUUUCUAUGAUUUGCAUUAAGACUGAAAAACAAGUCGAUGAAUUUAUAAAAGAUACCAAAGAAACGAGACUCAAGUUUCCACCAAUGACAAGAGUGGAGAGGAGUAUUGUGUAAGUUUAUAGGCAUUUAUUGUUUUAUUGUCAGUUUACCUACUGUGGAAAACUUCAUCUGUGUUUGUUAGAAAUUAAUCAAAAGAAUUAACUGAUCCUGCCUCUAGCAAAAAGUGAGAAUGCCAUGUUUGAUAAAUAGUAAUUUAUAUUAUACUUUCCUAGUAUUGUGAAAUUUAUGAGACAUUGACUUAUUUUUUGUUGUUCUCUGGGUGUUCACUAGUAGGGGGAGAUCAAAGAAUUCUCUGGUUACCAAACAGACUUGUAUAGCUAAACUUGGAUGCCUAACUCAAUUUUUUUCACUCAGCUACACUACACUAUCCUCUUGAUAUUGAAUUUCUAAAUAAAAACUCUGUGUUCAUUUCAUUAGUCAUGAUGUUGCUGAGAUUGCUGGUCUUACUACAUUUUCUUUUGGAGAAGAUGAAGUAGACAGAUAUGUUAUGCUUUUUAAAAAGGUAAAUAUUCUUACAUGCAUGUAAAAUAACAAAGAGUAUUUAAGCUUUGGGUUGUUGUUGUAUUUUUUUAAUUUCAUUUUGGUUUGGAAGGAAUUCUGCAUAGGUAAUCUCUUAAUUUACAAAUGGAGACUUGAUCUUUUCACUCCAUAGAUCUUAUCAGUAUUUUGCCAUACUGUAUGCCAUACAAUUUGUAUGAUGUUAGUUCCGAGAAUUUGAUACUGGAUCAACUGAUAAUCCCCCUUGUAAUAUUUUUCUUUAUUUUCAUCACAUUUCUGUUUAAUUUUGUAUUGAUAUUGCUAGGAGAAAUGCUGUCUUGGUCACUCAUGGCAAUUUUAUAGGUUUAAGUGUCAUGUAGCUAAGACACAUUUUUCCAGCAUUGUGAAUUAAAGUUUUGAGAUUUCUGCUUACUGUUUCUUUUCUUCAUUUCUUUAUACUCCUGUGAUUGGAUAUCCUAUGGAUGGGUUAGAUACCAGUAUCUCAAAAUGUUUUUUGUUGUUGUACACGUAACUUUGUUACAACUUUACAUAUUAUGAUUACCAAGUACUUAUGACUACCUUGUUUAUUUCAUUUCCAGGAAUUUCCUCCUUCUGAUGAAGAACUUGAGGCAUACAGGAAUGGACAGGUAAAAAAUUAUUACAUAAGAUUUAUAUACAAUUUAUUUUGAGGAAUUAAUCUCUGGAGACUAAAUGAACAUUGUUUAGAUGAUGAGGUUGACAGGAUUUUUCUGAGAAUAUUCCUCAAGCCUAAUUGUUUUAGUUUAGUCACUCAAGUGGGUAUCAGAACCAGGUGGAAGCCAUUUUUAAAAGUAUUGCCCCAUUGUUACAAGCUGCUGCAUAAUUCUGGGCCAAUCAGAAUGCAGGCAUUUUUAUCAUCACCUGAACAAUCAUACUGGCUAUAUGAUUUAAUUCAGAUAUUGUCACAUUUACCAGAAAUGAUGCUCACUGUUUUGAUUUGGAGUUAUCUUUAACUUCGUGCUUCUAAUAUCAGUGACUUAAUUGAGCAGUGGUGUAUCCUUCAUUUUAAUAGGAAUUUGAUCCGGAGAGUGCAGAAAAGCUCAAGGAGGCAUCUGAGGUAUGAAGUGCUUUUAUGUAACUCUUUAACUCCAAGAUCUCAUUGUUAUUUUUCCCUCUAGCUGCUAAACAUUCCUCACAAGUUAGUCUGACAAAAAUUUGGCAUUAGAUCAAGAAAACAACUUCUAACCGUAAUUAUUAAGAGUAUUCCAAUUACUAGAAAGGGUAUGAGGUUAAACCCUGGCUGUGUUUUUCCAUGAACACUUUACUCUUACAGUCUCUCUCUGCCUCCACCAGCAUUCAAUGUGAUUGGAUGCACAUCUGAUGAACUUAGUCUGGCUCAUUGGAAAAAUUUCCCAAAAAAUAUGUCAACAAAUAAGUGCAUUUUCUAUCAUAGUUUAAUUUACCCAGUUUGGCUUUUGUUUUCCUCAAAUAAUGAGAUGCUCAUUUGAGGUGUAAUAGGAGUUUGUAAAAAUAGCAGUUAGAGCUGUGCCAAAAGGUAGCGAUCACUGUGGCCAAUCAGAAUAAAGGUUAAAUCAUCAUUAGCCAAUGAGAGGGCAAAGAAAAAUAGGCAAAUUUCUGAAGGUACGGGAAAUCAUGUGACAAAUUUGUGAAUGGUUAAGUUUUGCAUUUGGUUGUUUUAGAGGGAAGCGCAAAUUUUCUAGACUAAUCACAACUAAAGCAAUGGCAGAUUACUGCCAACACUCAAUUAAAAGCUUCAAUCUAUGAAAUGAGUUUGUUGUGUUUCAAUAUUUCUUGCUGUUAUUGCAAAUGAAACCCUCGAUUUCAUGUACUAGGCCCAGAUUUCUGACUCGCGUCUAGACAUACCGAACAUGCAUGUAGCACGUUCUAAACAUUUCCUACCACCCUUGUCAUUAUACAGAGUAAUGUUGGUGGUCCCAGUCAGGAAACACAGUGCAGGUCGUCAAAAAUUUCCAAACAAGCACCGUCCACAUUUUACAAAGACAAGUACAGACACUUACUUGGUACUGACAGUGGCAAAGAUGCCGCUAAGGCUACUAAAAGUAACUCAGCUUACGGUUAUGGUAAGUUUCUGGUGAGGAAAAAGUAGUGCAACCUCGCUUUCACUCAAAACGUCGGCUUUAAAACUCUUUACGGUGGCCGAUUUACUUUAUCAACUCAGUUUAUUAAACCAAAUUAUCUUAUUCCAACUCUCCCUCCCCACCCCCACCCCCCCACCACAACCACAGACGCAGCACCACAGUUUUUUAGAAACUUAAUCCCUCUCUGAUUGCAACAUUUGAAAGCAAGAAGUUGUAUGACAUUUACUUGACACGUGCAAAAUGAGUAAUUCUUAGAUUAGUCAGUUCAUUCCCGCUGCCUUUGAGAGCUGUAAAGAAACCUAUCACUUGUUAAGGAUGACACUGUCUGUCUCGCAUAUCAAUCUUUUUUCUUGCUUGUUUGCUGAUUUUAUACUCGAUAAUCAAAGGAACUGACGUAUAACACUCGUCUACCUGACGACACCUCGCUAGACUACGAUACUGACUCUCGCGCAGGUUGAUGAAACGGGUUUUGUCGAGGUUUCGCUCUGUUGCAAGCUCGUCCCUGCGAGUUGACACCCCUGCCACGACAACUUCACCCCACAUGGGACAAGAAUUUCGCUUCUAAGCCUUUCUACUCAUUGAAUUUUUCUUCACGCCACUUCACGCAAAGCCACGUCACGUCACGCCAUGUUACACAUGUCACUUUCCACUGUACCGUUCUGUGACAAUCUGAAGAUCACAAUCUAAACCUGAUUUUUCUGGUAUUUUUGUAGUUCCCAGCGAAAACAAGCGGGACUUACGUUCAAUUGAGGAGACUCUUAAUGAUAUUCGUAAGAGGAAGAAGUUUCGCCCGGGUGAGGCUGAUGAUGAGGAGGAUGAUGUUGAAGCUGAAGACAGUGGCUAACCUUCCCGUUAUAAUCCUCGAGGUUCUCGAGUUAUUGUGGGAAAUUUUUGGAUUGUCUUAGAGAGGAUGUUACCUUCCCAAUCGUUCUGCCAUCCAGUGAGCAGAAUACAUUGUUUUAUAUCGCCGCGAGGGUCGCUUCUAGUCAAUUUUGAUACAGAAUUUAGCGAUAUUCAGUGAAAAUGCGUCUUCUCAAAGUAGAUUUGAAGUUGAUCUGAUUCUAUCACUCUGUGGUUAGUUUUAAAUUCGACCUUAAGAAUUUUUUCGUGAUUUCUCAGUAGUCUUAUCGUACAAGAACAUGAUGUAGUUGGAAUGUUGAUAGUGAUUGCCCCUGUUCGUACAAGAAUAUGAUGUAGUUGGAAAGUUGUUAGUGAUUGCCCCUGUUCGUAAAAUUCGUCAGCUUUAAUGGACGUUUUAAUGAUUCAAUUCAUCGACAGUUUUAGGGGGGCAAGGCUGAUAUUCAGUCAUUUUAAAUGAACACAUGUUCCCGUUUUCUGACUUCGUUGGUCGAGCUUGAUUGUAGCUCUGCAUUGGUCAAGAGGAGAAUCGGCUUGUAUCCUUCGACCAAUCAGAGAGAGGGCCGCAGUUUUAACCAGCUAGGAACAAUGGAAAAGCCACUCGUGACUUCGCGUUCUGCAUUGUAAUUUCCCGCCUUUGACGCGGGUUGCAACUCUAGCUUUGAGUUUCGAUUGCUUCUUGAUUUAAUUGGCAUUUUUCUGUGAUUGGCUAGAUGCAGUUAUCUUGCGCUGAGACUUUUUCGUCGUUGGGUAUUUAACACGUUAAUGUUUGCUGAAUAUCUGUGAAACACCACCACUUUUUUCUACUUUUUCUGCUUUCCAUAUUUUUUGUAAGACAUGAUGGACAUCGAAUUUUGAGAGCCUGUAACUGCACCAAUAGUGGUUAUUUUACGUGUUUGACAGUUUUGAAUGAAUUUCAUUUAGUAUGUAAGUAUAGAUCUCUAUCUCGUUAUUUUUCAGAAGAAUAUAAGAAAUUUAUCGACUUAUGUCAACCGAUAGUUGUCUAGAGUAUAAAACUCAUCAGCUAGAAUAAUGUAAUAUGAAUAAGUUAACUUGCAAAAAAUAAACAACUUGUGGCAUUGUACAAAUGAAUUUCACCUUUUCUAAUUUUUUAAGCCAG